GGAUCACACGUGUCUGGCGGAGUGUAAAUAUUGAGUAUUAUAGCGGACCGUCCCGGUUUCGCUCUGGUAAAAAUAUAAUAGAAACGUAGCCUAUUUUACUCGUGAACGUUUCGUCUAUCUCUGCGCCAUAUUUCAUCAAAAUCGCUCUAGUAGUUCUGUCAUUAAAUGUUUUAUUUUCAUAAUAUUUGUAUGGAAGUAUGGAUGACAGUGUACUCACACAAUUUUCUUAUAUAUAUUUAUGAUUUUGUGACAUUAAUAGUUUUUUUUUGCGUUCGAAGUGGAUGUGGUGAAGUAGUGACGAGAAAAUUGCGGUUGUAUUAAAAAAAUAUCAUCAAUUCCAUGAUGAAAGAUUUGUAAUAAAAAAAAAACGGGUUGCCCUCCGAAGGUGCCGGCAGAACUGAAAACUUGAAUAAACGUUCUGCAUUUUUGACGUCUUACGAAUUUUCGAUCCAGGUCACGUGACCUGGCGCGAGUUUAACAUUUUUUACCCAUCACAAAAAGUGUACAACGACACUAAGGAAGUUUUCACUUCAAAAAAAAAAACAAAUUCCAUUUUCAAAUCUAGCACACCUUUAUAAUUCCAAUUGCGGAUAACCGAACCGAGAUAAUGGCAAUUCUAUAAAUACGGAGAGAACUGGCAGGAGAUUUAAAAAUAAAACUGCUUACAUCAAGAUGAUCUCAAACGUAAUUGUAGUUCUUUUGUCUGUAAACAUAGUUGUUAGUGAUAGGACUUGCUACUGGAAUGCUGAGUGCCCUUUCCAGUUGUACUCUACAAAGACUCCCUAUGAUACUGUGAGGGGAGACAUAAGGGAUUACAACGAUCCUACAAAUUGCCAAGCCGUCAGUGUGUGGACCCUGAACAGGCACGGGAACAGGAAUCCUGGGUCCAGUGUCACGGAAAGCAUCAGGGUUAUAGCUGGGCUGAAAGACGAGAUUAUCCAGAGUCAUGAGGCUGGGAGAGGCCAACUAUGUGCACAGGAUAUUGAAGACUUCCGAAGGUGGUCCUGGAACGCGACCCUGGAGACAUCGGCUUCCUUCCUCACAGGCACUGGUUACGAAGAAAUCUAUAACAUAGCCAAGAGGCUCCGAGAGAGGUACCCUCAUUUACUGCAAGGGUUAGAAGACUCCUAUUUCAGGACUACCAAUGAGCAGAGAACUGUUACAAGUUCAAUGGCGUUUGUGCAUGGUCUCACAGAGAAUACGAACUUGAGUGUGACUGUGGAUGGACCUUAUGAAAGAGAUGAUUUGAUUAGGCCCUAUGAAAACUGCGACAAGUACCAACAGGAAGUAAAAGGUAGCCAAGAGCUCGAAGACCAAAUGGAUGCUUACUUUAAAACCAUUGAAUUCUUGGCAGUGCAAAGCCGAGUCCAAAAUCGCCUGGGCCUUAUAACACAGCUGACCGCGGAGGAUGUCUACUCCUUCUACGAGAUCUGCCGGUUCUACCGUUCCUGGACGGACACCCUCAAGUCUCCGUGGUGUGCCGCCUUCACAGACGAGGACCUGGUCGUGUUAGAGUACAGAGAUGACGUCAGGCACUACUACAGGAACGGGUAUGGGUCCUGGGUUAAUGGCAAUCUCGGUGGCAUAGUCGUCAAAGACCUCUACGACAACUUCGCUUCUAUCGUCAACGGCACUGGUAGGUCCUGGGUGUCCUACUUCACCCACGACACCAUGCUUGAGAUGGCUUACUGCGCCUUGGGUCUUUUUAAGGAUAAUUUCAUCAUCGAGGGUUCUUAUAGGAACCCUAACAGAUUGUGGAAGACGAGUAAUAUUGCUUGCUUCUCUGUUAACAUCAUUGCUGUGUUGAAUAGCUGUCAAGAAUCCGGCACCCAAACCUAUCGCGUCCAAUUCUUCGUGAACGAGAAAGUCAGCGACCUCUGUCCGCUGGAAGGCUGCACAUGGCAGCAGUUCCAGGAGAAGUACUCGUCGUUCAGUGAUGCCAACCUCAACUUCUGUAGUCUAGACGCCAGAGAGCCAGGGCUGCCGAACGGUGCCGCGGCUGUCGAAUUAGGGUUGGUGAUGAUAGCCGCUCAGAUUGCCUUUAUAGCUUUAUUUAGAUGAUUUUGUACUUACGAGUAAUUUAGAAUAUAUUUACUAUAGAUCUCAUCGAUUA